UUCUGUAUAUAUUGUACAGAGUGCUUAAAGAAAUUCAGGAGAUUCUUAUUAGCUCUAGCAUGAUUGCAAAUGCAUACAUGCUGUUGUUGUUAUGCGAUUAUGUUUGCAUGGCAAGCAAAACAGUAACUUUGUCUUGCUUACUACUUAAAACUGAUAUACAGUAUUUUCCUCAAUACUAUGAGGAAAGCCACAAGACAUGCAAAGCAAUGCUGGUGACACAUUGAAUCUUCUGUCUCUUUGAAGAGCAAAUUGUUGCAAAUAUUAAAUACUGUACAUGUUCUCCUUUUGCUACUGUCAUGUACUCUAUUUUUUUUAAGAAUAUAGACGAACAAAUCCAAGCUUGUCAGAAGGUUGCAAAGCACUAUGAAUAUGGAAUCCCUCUGAAUGAUUUAGCACUCAUCUCUAAAAUUUUAAACUUAUGUGUGGAGAAAAUUCAAACAAUGGACAAUGUUUUUAUAGAAAUUACAUGUGUAAUUCUUAAAUUGUAUGGAUUACCAUUUUACAAAAAGAAGUUAUCUGAUGAAGAAAAGUAUGCUAAAGAAGUUCAAGAAUCAAUUGCACAAUUGGGUCACUUGGUCAGAGUUCCAUGUUCCCAAAUAAGAAUACAAAUAUGUAAAUGCAUUAUUAGCUUUUACCAUGCUGAGCCAUCAGUAAAAGAAUUUGAAGGUUAUCAACCUACAAGUGCAAAUUAUAAAAAGCAGAUUGUAGAAUUAGGAGGUUUAGCAGAGACUAUGGUUUUAUCACUAACACUUGUUGAAAACCAACUUUCUGAGAAAUUAUGGUUCAUUAAAACUUUGCAACAUCUUUCUAUUUCUGAAGCAAAUUGUAAACUUAUGAUGAAAGCUGAAGCACCAAGAAUAUUAUGUUCUCAUCUGAAUGACGUUGAUCCCUCUGGGCAAUUAUUAUUCCGUUCCUCAGAAAUCCUUUGGAAUUUAUUAGAAAAAACCUCUAAGGAACAAAUUAUUGAACAACUCAGUAACUUGGAAUGUGUACAGGCUCUGAAGGACGCAUUUACAAAUUUACUUAUACACGGUUUCCGCCAUUAUGAUCGUCAGUUAAGAAAUGACAUUUUGGUGAUAGCUACCCUUGUUGCUCAGAACCCAGGAGCUCCAAUGAUUGAAACUGGAUUUACCAAGCAAUUAAUACUAUAUGCUACUUUUGAUGAAAUGAAAACUCAGAGUCCUUUGGUAAAAGGUCUUAAGCUUACUUCCUGUUAUGAAGACUUUGAGCUGAAAAAGCUGCUGCUUAACAUGCUUACUGUACUAGCAAAAGAUUUGUGUUCUGUUCAGCUAUUGCAUGAAGGUAACGUUAUACUGGCUUUGUUUAAUUAUUUAAAACCAAACGAAAAGGGAAGAGCACUUGAUAUGUCUGCAGCACAGUAUGAAGAGUUACAGCUUCUUGGCAUUGCUACAUUAGCAACAAUGGCUCCCUUAUUGAUAGAAGACUAUAUGCUGUGCAAGGGAAAUGAACAGCUGCUGGAGUUUCUGAAAUGGUGUGUGAGCAAUGAUCCCUUCUUUACUCAAGGUAAUAGUUUCCAUGGCGUAGGUGGUCGUGGCACCAAACUUGCACAGAUGCGCUUCUGUUUGAGAGUCCUGAAUCCAGUUGUAUCUCUCGCUGAUGAUGCUGUAAAUGUUGACCUUUGUGGUCAAGGAGCAAUUAAUCAACUGUUGGGUAUUUUAAAAUUCACCACAACUAAUUAUAAAGAUUCUGCCCUUGUGAUGGAAAUUCAAAGUGAUAUCUUACUUAUUCUGUCAACACUUUGUGAAAAUAAUAUCCAUAGAAAGGAGCUCUUUGGAUGGGAAGGAGUGGAUACACUUAUUUCAUUUUUGAAGAUAGAUGCCAAAAAUUUCUAUAGUGGAUUGGGUCAUAAUCGUCUUCUUUUCUGUGCCCUGGACUGCUUAUGGUGCUGUGUCAUGGGUUGCACUAUUUUAGAAGACUAUUUUCUUGAAAAAGAAGGCCUCUUCACUCUAUUAGAUUUGCUUUUAAUAAAUCAAAAGAAUGUAUGUAACCUAAUUCUUGGAAUAUUAGUUGAAUUUUGUGAUAAUCCUAAAACUGUAUCCCAUAUCAAUAUAUGGAGAGGGGGAAAAAACCAAACAGCAGCUAAUUUAUUGAUAAACCUAUGGAGACAAGAAGAAGAAGAGAUGGGAGUGAAACAUGAUAAAUCUGGAAGAAUUGUUGAUACAAAGAAACCACUAGUUGGCCAGUUCCAAAAAACACAAGAAGUAAUUCCAAUGCCUGCUAACCAUCCCACUAUUGCUGUCAUGGAUGUUGCUGAAAAUAUGAGAGCAAAGAUUUAUUGUCUAAUAUGUAAAUUAGGUUUUGAGAACUUGCCUGGGCUCUCUGCGCGGGAUUUUGUUACACUUGCUAUUAUACGCAGGUACCUAGACUUCAAGGUUGGUGAGAUCUGGGAUGAAGUAUGUGCAGAACUUAAAAAAGAAAAAUUUAGACCAGUGACACCUGACCAGGAAGCAUUACAGCUUAUUACUGAAGCCCUUGAAAAUGUUGGAAAGGUUGUAGUCUCUAUCCAAACUGAGAUGCUAGAAAGCCAGCAGUUUCAAGAACUUCAGGAGGAGGAAAAAUGUUAUGGGAGGAUUCAUUCUCUCCAUAAACAAAGGGAAAUAGUCAAUAAAUCUUGGGAAAAUUUCUUAGCUCGGACAUCAAACUACCAGGCUUUGAAGGCCGCAAAAAGGCUUCAAGAAAAAGCUAUAGAAAACUCUAGACCAAAGAUAAAACACUACAGUUCAACUUUCCAUCCAACUGACAUUAAAGGCCUAAAUACAACUGUUGCAUCUGGUCGCUUGGUAACAGUGGAAAGUACACCUUCUGAAUUAAUUGGAGGGCCACUAGCUGAUACAGAUCUUGCACUGAAAAAGCUUCCAAUUCGUGGAGGAGCCUUAAAAAAGUUUGAUGGAGUUAAAGUAAUAGAUUCAUUCAAGAAAAAUUCACUAACUGUGAAAUAAAUGUUGUGCAAUGCUGAUAUUGACAAUUCUGCAUAGUUUUGAACUUAGAGUUUGAUUAAUAUAUAAGUGCAUCAUAAUGGCCUUGGUAAAAUGUUAUUGUUAAAUAGCAUAUACUUGAAUCUAUGGGUGCAUAUAUACAUAUUCAUGUAUAAUAAUCCAAAAUAAUGUGGAUAGCAUUAAUAUUCUAACCAAUAAAUCUAAUACAUUAUGAAGAUCAAUGUAUAAUCUUUGCCGAAUUAACUCAAUUUACAUUCUGUGACUGAGUACUAACUAAGAUACAUUUUACUAUGUAUUAUGCUGUCUAUGCUAACAAACAUCUGAAAUAUAAAAAGAAGGAAAAAUAACGUUUAAGGAAUAAAAUGAAAGUACCAUUGGUAAUCACUGUUAUAAUUCAGCAAUUGCUUCCUAAUAAGAUGAAUGAGAGAAAUGCUGGAACGUGAUGUGUGUUGCAGAGUUAUUAAAGG